AUGAAGCUUGUGGCGUCGCACGAACACAACAACUCAGCUGUCUUGCACAGCAAGCCGAGUAGUCUGUGUAGCCUCCCUCAGUUCUCACCCCUUCUUUCUAUUAGCAGUCUCUUCCCCUUCCUAAAUCCCAACCCUCCUCCUCCUCCUCCUCCUCCUCCUGCAACCUCAUCUCUCUCCCUCUCUCCAUCAAUGGCGACGCGGCAUACGUGCCUGAAGCUGGAGCUGCCGGUGGAGGACCCCAAAAGGGAGGGGGCCGUCGGCGCGGCCAUUUUCGUGAAGGGGACGUGGCACCCCUCACGCUUCUCCCUGGCGGUCACCGACGGGGCGGAGGCGUGGACGUGCGACGCCUCCGACGCCGAGGUGAAGCUCCGCGCCGAGCAGUGGGACCUCUCCCCGCAAGACUACCUUGCCCUCGCCGAGCGCUACCUGGCCUUCCAGCAACCCGGCUCCCGCUACGCCUUCGACGCCGCCGCCGACCCCCAUGCCCCCCGAAGGUUAUCGUGGACAUUUGAGAAGCAAGGUACCAAGUUGGAGUGGCGUUGGAAAUGCCAACCGGCGCCAAAUAAGAAGCAGACUACUGCUGAAAUCCUGGAUUUCCUCAUGGACGCAAAUAUACGCUUGAGUGAAGAGGUUGUCAGGAAAACUCAAGCCUUUGACAAACUAAAAGCAGAAGCUGAAAGGUGCUUGCAACAAAGUGAGAGAUUUAGCAACGAGAAAGUUGAGUUCGAGUCUUCUGUCUACUCCAAGUUUGUGGCUAUUUUAAACUCGAAGAAGGCCAAACUCAGAGACCUCAGGGACCGAAUAUCGAAGCUAGAAGCCACGGACAAAGCUGUAGAGGAGGAUGAUGAUGAUGAUGAUCAGUCGAGCGGCAAGACCGAGAGCUUCCAUGAAGCGAGCGAUGCGGAGAACAUCAAGGAGGAAGCCCUGCAAGAAGAAUCCGACGAUACCACCAGCAUGAAAGGUCGAAAGAAAGCACGCAGGUAGCCCGCAAAGAAGGGCCCUGUAUCAACAAAAUCUCAUUUCUGUACAUUACAAAUUGUCACCGAUUUUAUCCAUAUAAAAGUGGAGCCUAGGUUGGUUUUGUUUGUAGUCCCUUCUCUUUUCCUUCGUUUUGCGAAGUUGUUUGUUUAAUCAAAAACCCCUACCGAAAGGUGAUAGGAACUAAUUGUCUGUUUUGGAUCAGCUCUCUACUGAGACAAUACAUCUGCUUAAGCUUCAACAGUUUCUGAUA